AGUUUUUUCUUUCUCUAUCUGUGUACGUCAUUUGUUUUCACUUUUCUCGAAGCAGCCAAAAACAGAGGGUCGGAAAGCAGCAGAUUUUAUGAGAUACAUUUGAUAAAUCACUCUAAGUUUUAAACCUCAGAUACCAAGUGCAAAAUGUCGUAUGUCUUCGUCAACGACUCGCUUCAGACCACCGUGCCACUGCUGCAGGCCUGUAUUGAUGGGGAUCUGGCCCACGCCAAACUCCUGCUUGAGUCUGGUUUCGACCCAAACACCCGGGACUGCCGUGGACGAACUGGACUGCACCUGGCCGCUGCUCGGGGUAACGUGGAGAUCUGCCGCCUACUGCACAAGUUCGGAGCUGAUCUGCUUGCCACUGACUCACAGGGCAACACAGCACUGCACAUGUGUGGCCAUGUAGACACCAUCCAGUUCCUGGUGUCCAACGGCCUCAAGAUUGACAUCUGUAAUCACAAUGGAGCAACUCCGCUGGUGCUGGCCAAGAGACGUGGAGUGAAUAAGGAUGCACUCCAUCUGCUGGAGGGUCUGGAGGAACAGGAAGUGAAGGGCUUCAACCGCAGCUCCCAUUCUAGCCUGGAAAAGAUGCACAUGGCUGAGAAUGAGAGUGCCAUGGAGAGCCACUCUCUUCUCAAUCCACACUUACAUCACAGUGAUGGUGUGCUGUCCAGCUUCCGGACGACUUGGCAGGAGUUUGUAGAAGAUCUUGGUUUUUGGAGAGUUCUCCUGCUGCUCCUCGUCAUAGCUCUGCUCUCACUGGGUAUUGCGUAUUAUGUCAGUGGAGUCUUACCUUUUGCAUCUAAUCAGCUGGAACUCGUGCACUAAGGCUUUUUACAGACAUACCCCAUCAUUAUGAAAACACAUUAAAAACAGAAUGUUGAUCUGGACUUUGUUAAAUCUUCCAUUAGCUGAUGAUUCUUCCAACAGUUGAUUAUGAUUAUGUAACUGAUAACCACACCUCACUUAAUUGUAAACAUACAUUCUUUGACUGAAUUUCAGUAGCCUUUUUGUGUAUAUUAAUGUAAAUAGACCUUUCAUGUGAUGCAAAAUUAUACUUUCUGUUUUCAUCUGGCUUGAUUGUUUAAAAAAAAAAAUCCAUGUAAUUAGUAUUCUGCAUAUUCAUGUUAUUGUUUGUGUAACAGUCUGGCUUGCCAACUUCUCAAAUGAUUUAUCUGUUUUUAUUGCACAGUUCUGAGAACACUACUCUCAUAGUUUAAUUUAUUGGAUUGACACAUUAAAGUGGCCGCAAAAACUGUAA